UCAGAACAGGGGUAUGCUGCUAAGAAGUUCUUCAACUCCGGUUCUUGGAUCACUCGUAUCUUCCAUAGUUGCUGAUAGUCCUAACAACAACAAUCAUCACCAUGAAACCAGCGACGACUUCAGGCACCACCCAUCAAGCUCCUUUCAUGGCAACAGGCUCUCAUUUCAUCCCUCUCCAGGCUCAGUCCACCUCUCUACGGUAGCUUCUUGUGGUUCCUCUCCUACAUCUCCUUCUGUCGUCGACCAGGGUUCGGAUUUCGAACUCAAAGGUUUUCGCCGGGCGCAAUCUGAUGGGAACUUGGAAGGACUGGACUAUUCUGCUUGCAAUGGCAGUGAUGAAUUCUACAAUCAGAACCAACACAAGAAGCUGUCUGCAAGAAACAAGUGCUUGAUGUUGCAAACCAUACCUUCCUUUUCGUUUUAUAAUUCGGGCUCUAGGUGUGAGGAAGAAGACGGGAGUGAUUCCGAAGGAGAAGAGGUAAUGGCUGGUGUAAAUGGUAGCAGCCAUUGGAUGCAACUCAAUCAGCUUGGAGAAUCUGUCAUUGAAUGAACAGGUUACAGUCAGUGAUGAAAAAGGGUUGGUGGGUGUAGAUAUGUUUCUUCCUAUAGGACUUGAGGCAGCCGUGGAUGGAGGUGGCAGGAGUGGCGGCGAUUGGGGUGGUGGUGGAGGUGAGUUCAACUCAGCAGGUUCUAAUGGAGAUGGUGAAAUCGAGGAGCAUUACAGGAGAAUGGUGAAGGAAAAUCCAGGGAACCCUAUAUUUCUGGGGAAUUGUGCUCAGUUUUUGUAUCAGAAGAGAGACCUUCAAGGGGCAGAAGAGUAUUACGGUCGAGCCGUUCUAGUGGAUCCGAAAGACGGAAAAACCCUGUCGCAAUACGCCAAGUUAGUGUGGGAGCUACACCAUAAUGAAGAAAGAGCUUCAAACUACUUCGAACGAGCAGUUCAAGCCUCUCCUCAAGAUUGCCAUGUUCAAGCAGCUUAUGCUAGUUUUCCUCUGGGAAACAGAGGAAGGGAGAUGAAUGUGCGGUGCCUAGCGAUAUCGGUAGCAUUCCCAGAGCCUUCGCAACCGCUUAAACGGCCUACAAAUGAACAUUUCCAGUAA